GGGGGAGGGGAGGAGUAGGGAGCAGGCGGCCGGCGACGCGGGGGGGUGGGGGGGGGGUCCGGUCCCGGAGUGCGGGAGGCGGCAGGAGCCAGGCGGUUCAACCACAGGGGAAAGAGGAGCACGGGAACAGACAGGGUAGCGGGACGGAACCCGAACUUGGGCUGGGGUUAGGGCUGAGACUGUCUCGGGAGAGUGGAAGACUGUAGAGGCACCGGAGACAGCACCGGGAGUCCGGGGGUGGGGGGUGGGGGGGAGGGGCGGUGCGGUGGCGAUGCUGGAAGCCAUGGCGGAGCCCAGCCCCGAAGAUCUUCCUCCAAAUCUGAAGCCAGAGGCCCAGCCCCCUGAAAAGCGAAGGCGAACAAUUGAGGAUUUCAACAAAUUUUGCAGUUUUGUCUUGGCAUAUGCUGGCUACAUCCCUUCCAGCAAAGAGGAAAGUGACUGGCCAGCCUCUGGCUCUAGUUCACCAUUUCGGGGAGAGAGUGCUGCAGAUAGUGAUGGCUGGGAUUCAGCCCCUUCAGACCUUCGAACCAUCCAGACUUUUGUCAAAAAGGCCAAGUCUUCCAAAAGGAGGGCUGCUCAAGCAGGGCCCCCUCCACCAGGGCCCACCUUUCCUAGACUGCAGGCCUCUGAUAAUGCUACCCUGCUUGAAAAGAUGAAGCUUAAGGACUCUCUCUUUGACCUGGAUGGACCCAAAGUGGCACCACCUCUGGUCCCUGCACCCCCAACACAUACCCCUCGGCCCCCUACCACCCUUACCCCUGUCAUUGCUUCCCAGGAGGAUCUCCCUCAGCCCUCCCGAAAAAAGGACCGAAAGAACCGAAAGUUGGGUCCAGGUGGGGGAGGAAGCUUUGGAGUGCUUAGGAGACCCCGGUCAGCUCCUGCAGAUGGUGAGAAGAGGUCCCGAAUAAAGAAGAGUAAGAAGCGAAAGUUGAAAAAGCCGGAGAGGGGGGAUCGACCCCCCCCUUCUGGGCCCCCUCGAGCUCUUCCCAGUGACACAGACUCUGAAGAAGAGGAAGAGGAGGAGGAGGAGGAGGAAGAUGAAAUGGUAUCGGUGACAACAGCAGUAGCAGGCAGUUGUGGGGGUGAGGCCCCAGCUUCUGUACUCCCACCACCCCCUGAGGCCCCCCGGCCCCUCACUUCAACCUCCCCUGGAGGUAUCCCUACUGAAAGUGAAGCCAAGGAAGUGGGGAGCACAGAGACGAGCCAGGAUGGGGAUGGGAGCUCCAGUGAGGGUGAAAUGCGGGUAAUGGAUGAGGACAUCAUGGUAGAAUCAGGUGAUGACUCAUGGGACUUGAUCACCUGUUAUUGCCAGAAGCCCUUUGCAGGGAGGCCUAUGAUUGAGUGCAGUUUGUGUGGAACAUGGAUCCAUCUUUCAUGUGCUAAGAUUAAGAAGACCAACGUCCCUGACAUAUUUUACUGCCAGAAGUGCAAGGAGUUGCGGCCAGAGGCCCGUCGGUCCAGUGGGCUCUCCAAGCCUGGAGAGCCCUAGGACCCACCCCAAGCUCUCCUACUUCAAGUUGGAACUCUUCACAGAGACAUCAUCACAGAGAUGGGGUCCCUAUGUUGCCAUUGCCACUGAUCCAUUGGGACUUGAACAUUGUCCCAUUAUGGGGUGGGGAUUCUCAAAGAAGACUUGCUUGGGAAUGAAUGGGUCUUUCCCUAAAGCCUUUAGGACUUGAAUUUUGACCUAUUGAACAGGAAGGUGUCCCUAUUCUAAAGAUUCCCUACUUCAUCCCUUCACUGUUCUGCCAGUUCACCCUGCUUCCUCCCAUAUCCACCAGCCCAGGCUAGGGUUGGAAUCAGGGUGGGGUGAGGCAGUUGUCUAUACCUCUAGUGUAAUAUAUAGCAUUGCCCCACCCUCUUCCUCCAUCAUUUGUUUGGACUCUUAUCUUUUAUUUUCUUGAACCCCUUCUCCCAUUUCUUUUUAAAACCUCCUUCUGGCUCCAGUGGCCUAAAGGAAGGUAACACAUGGGUCUCUGUCUUUUGUGUGGGGCUGGUGAUAUUUCUAUCACCUACCCACUUCUUUUGUUUUAAUAAUAUUGGCCAGCUGCUUGUACAUACAGCGUGUUUGUAAAUAAAACAAAGUGGGCUCUUUUGUGUUUAUA